AUGUUGGGGAAUUGGUCUAGUGAAGCCACUUCUCGUAACCUCCUAGAUGCAUCAAUGUACGAAAGAUACGAACAAUGGAUGGUUCGUUAUGGACGCAAGUACAAUGAUAUUAAUGAGAAGCAGAAGCGUUUUGAGAUAUUCAAGAAGAAUGUGGCAUACAUAGAAUCCUCUAAUAGCGAUGUAAACAAAUCUUACAAAUUAAGUGUUAAUCAAUUUGCAGACCAAACGAAUGAAGAAGUGAAAGCCUCAAGAAAUGGAUUCAGAGGGCUAGUACCAGCUACCAUGGAUUGGAGAAGCAAAGGAGCGAUACUAUUUAAUUGCAACAAAACUUAUAUGUGCAGGAAGCUGUUGGGCUUUGCAGCAGUGGCAGCCGUUGAAGGAAAUACACAGCUUACAACUGGUAAAUUAAUCUCUUUAUCAGAGCAAGAGGUGGUUGAUUGUGACACCAAUGGCGGAGACCUAGGAUGUGGUGGUGGCUGGCCCGACGGUGCCUUUGAGUUCAUCAAUCAAAACAAUGGCCUUAGCUCCGAGGCUAGUUACAGCUACACGGGUGUUGACGGUAGAUGCAACACCCAAGCUACCCACGCAGCCAAUAUAACUGGCUACGAAGAUGUGCCCGCAAGCAAUGAGGAAGCCCUUCUUAAGGCUGUUGCUAACCAACCUGUUUCUGUUUGCAUUGAUGCUGGAGAAAACGAUUUCCUAUACUAUACAAGUGGAGUCUUUGAAGGAUCAUGUGGACUAGAAAUGGAUCAUUGUGUUACCGCAAUUGGUUACGGCGUCAGUGAUGUGGCACAAAGUAUUGGUUGCUGA